AUGACCAGAGGGAGUGAGCCGGAACUCUCGGUUUCUUCCAAUAACAAACUUCAAUUCUCUGAGGCAUCUUCCAUUCUCUACAAAGCGGUCUUUAAAUCCUCUUUCACUCACAUCAAUGCCUACGACUCAAUUGCACAUUGUUUCAUCAUACAUCGAGUGGCCUAUAGUUCGGUCAGACGUUUUUCCUUCUCCACAAGGCGGUCAGGUGAUGCUGUUGAAGCUCCAAAGUUCCAGUUUUUCUGGGAUAAUGCCGACUCUGCUUCCUUCCAACAUCACCGCAUCUUUGUUCUUCCUUCCAUCGAAUAA